AUGGGCCAUUUGAGCGCCGAUGACGCUAUGUCGACGGAGAAAGGGAAUGAGUCGACUCUCAUUGACGACCAUCGCUCAGUCCGAAAUGCCCAGGGACGCUACUGGAGCUUAAAGACACUGAAGACGGUGCUUUUUGUAUCACUGCUUUCAAUAUAUAUCUUCUUGGCUUACGGUGGUUACGAAAUCGUCUCUAGUCGCAUUCACAAGUUCUCAGCAUCACGAUGUUUAUCAAUUGAGCAACGGGUGGACAAGAUACUUUCUGAAACGCCUUUGAUAGACGGCCAUAAUGAUUUGGCGAUUCUUCUUCGUGAAUUUUUCCAAAAUCACAUUUAUAGCGACAAGUUCAGCAAGAGAUUCGAGAACGGUGGUUUCCCGAUGCAUGUUGAUUUGCCGCGUCUCAGAGAGGGCAAGGUUGGAGGCUCCUUCUGGAGCGCUUAUGUUGACUGUCCUGCGAAGUUGGAUAACUUCUCCGAUGAAACGUACGCUGAAGCCGUUCGCACAACGCUAUCUCAAAUCGAUCUGAUUCACCGUUUACGAAACGCUUAUCCACAAAUAUUUUCUACUCCGCAUCUCACUGGCAGCGCGGCACGUGCAGUUUUCCAGCAAAAGACAGGCCAGCUUAUCUCUCCAAUUGGCAUCGAGGGACUACAUCAGAUAGGUAACUCGAUAGCGACGCUCCGUCUCUAUCACAGUUUAGGGGUGCGUUACGCCACUCUUACACAUAACUGCCACAACAAGUAUGCCGACGCUGCACUUGUGAGCAAUGAAGAAGGCAAGACAGUCGUGUCAAAGCCACUCUGGGGUGGCACGAGCGCCGCUGGGCGCAAACUGAUCCGGGAAAUGAACAGACUCGGCAUGCUUGUCGAUCUGUCCCACGUGAGCGCCGAUACAAUGCGUGAUGUCCUCGGUGGACAUGGUAGUCAGGCUCAACCUCAAGACUCCCUUGGCGAUGCUAUGAGACCCGCCAGACAAGAGACCUGCGAAAAGAGCUCUGGUCGCUGCGCCGUCAUUGACAGAUUGCUCGAGCGAAAAGGCGCCAGCGCCGCGCCAGUAAUCUUCAGCCACAGUUCCGCGUACGCUGUAUGUCCUCAUCCGCGCAAUGUGCCAGAUGAUGUGCUCGAACUCGUGCGAGAGACCGGCUCUCUCGUAAUGGUCAAUUUCUCACCCGACUUCAUUUCAUGCGUCUCCGCUACGACCUCGAACGAGAGUCUAUCAUCAUCAACGGCAUCGUCUGGCCUUCCGCAUUUCUACCCUGCCAAUGCUACCCUGAGCCACGUGGUAUCGCAUAUUCAAUAUAUUGGAGAUCUUAUCGGGUACUCUCAUGUCGGGUUAGGAAGCGACUUUGAUGGCAUUCCCACCACACCGAAAGGCUUGGAGGACGUUUCGAAAUAUCCUGACUUGGUCGCCGAAAUGCUCCGACGAGGCAUCAGUGAUGAAGAUGCAGCAAAGGUUGUCGGCGGCAAUCUACUUCGCGUCUGGGAGGAAGCAGACCUAGUCGCGGCAAAACUGCAGCAGCUUAUUGAUCCUCUCGAGGAUGACAUAUAG